CGUCGUCGUCAGUCCUGUUUGUUGUGCAUUAAACGCGCCGUCGCCAAGUUGUCACUGGCAACCAGCUAAAACUAAAGGACUAAAGGACUCUCUUACCCACACACACACACACAGAAACUCUGCUAAUGUUUGCUAGCCUAGGCAUUAUUUGAAUAUGAACUGAACUGAACAUUGCACUGGCUGAACAAGGACAACAGCUUAGCACCUUAGCCACCUGUCUAGAUCUAGAAACGAAAAUAUUAGCAGUUUCCGGCUGCGCUGCCUGACGUCGACAAUUCUGCCUCUGCCUCGGCCUCGGCCUCUGACGCUGACGUCGAGCAGCACGUUACAAUAGCUGCAAAUUCAAAUUUGAACUUCAGUCAAGUGUCAAAGCUCAAAGGAUUAACAUGUCCUGCGGCUCUAGCAUGGCAGCUGCCCAACAGUUUAGUGAUCAAGUGUAAAACCAGCCAACACCACACAGGCAAAUUAAACUACAAACAAGAAAAAUAAAGAACACUGCCAACAAAUUAUAAACUAACAACCAAAAGACUUCAACGAGAAACUCUAUCGAUAUUUACACAGCGAUCAAGCUAGAAUUUCGCAACGAGAAAACAAUUCCAAGGAAAACGACUAAAACGUGCCAAUUAGUGUCACAAUUCAGGCAACAUGGCGCCUCAACAGCAACAGCAACAGCAACUACAACAAAACUCCACAUUCAUCGAUGAUAAUCUUGACACCUGUCCAUCGCUAUUGAAUUUACCUGAAAGCCCCAUACUGCCGACCAAACAUCAGCAUUAUCAGCACGACCAAAAUCAAGACAAUAAUAACAAUAACAACAACAACAACAACCAUGAGAACGGGAACGACAGAGGCAAUAAGCCAUGCGGCGAACGUCUAGUAGAUGCAAAAGUGCCAACAGCCACAACUGCAACCCGCGGCUCUGCCCCACAACCAGGGCAAAAUCAACAACACGGCAGCAAGGCAGCAAACGGAAAUGGCCAACACACGGCCGCCAGUCGACGGCAUCGCCAUCGCUCGAUUUCCCUGUACGGCGUUAAUAGCACUGUGGAACAGGGUCAUAAGGAAAUACCCAUUUGGCUGGACAAUGAUGAGCCGCGUUAUGUAUCGGGCGUAACAAAUAAAACGACAUGCAAUGACAUAAUCAAAGCGCUGAUUGAUGAUGAGCUGAGUAAUGGCAAUGCCCACUAUUGCAGCAACAACAACAAUCAAGAUGGCGGCCAUGGCACAGCAGCAUCGCGUGACUACAGCGAUUACGUUAUAACGGAACGUUGGCGUGGUAUCGAGCGCAGCUACGACGGCAACAUGGCCAUUUUACCUGUUUGGCGCGCUUGGAGUCGUGUGCACAAUGAGCUGCGUCUCUCACUCAAGCAUCGUCGAGAGCUCACAGAACCGCCACAGCUGCAGCUAAUGCAACUUGCCCCAACCGUUCCUACGCAUAAUUUCUCCUUGCUUAAGUGGUUCAAAAAACUUUUACAUCGAAGCGACAAGAAGCAAAAAGCCAAGACCAAAGUUGCCAACACGCCAGCCAAGACAACGAAAGAUAAACGUUUACUGGCCAAGGGGCAGCAGGAAAUACCUGAUGAACUGCUCUUGAUAUUGCUGCCCGAUCAGCAUUACGAUGCAACCACGGAAGUCAAUCGUCAGGCCAAGGCCAAACUAUACAAAUUAGCCGAAACUCGUGCAACGCAACGGAAACGCCAACGUCAAAGCCGACGCACUCGUCACGAGCCGAUUGCCCCAACCGAAUCGAUUGUGAACAACAAUUGCAUACGACGGCGACGCAAGGAUGCCCCACUGCGUAAUAGUGUGCGCAACAAGUUGGCAGCCCUGCACGCCGAUAUGAAUGUGAUGUAUGAGAGAGAAUAUAAUCUGACGCGGCAGCUAUCGGAAAAGUGCAAGCAAUACAAGAUGCACAACGAGCAAUACAUAUCGCCGGAAAUGGAGGUAUCGGUGGGUCAACUGCAGCGUAAUAUUGAAGCUUAUGCGGAGGAUAUUAUAAAAACUGAACACGAACUGCUCGAGCUGAAGAUCGAAAUCAAACAUGACAUUUCGCUUAUCAAUAAUCUCAAGCGCAUGACCCUUGAAGCAGAGUCACCUGCGAAAGUAAAAACAAAACACAAUGCCGUUGAAGAAGUGAAGAAAAAGGAGACGAUGUCGACAACAGAAGAAACACCUCAAGUUGCUAAAAAUGUACAUGAAAUGCAAUUCGUUGAUAAUAUUUAUGAGUUUUGCGACAAUAAUGCAAGCAUGUUAGUUUAGUUGUAAUCCAUUUUGUUAAGUUUUAAGGAAUAA